AUGGAAAAGAUGAACGAGGACUAUGAUGGGCUUCUGCAAGAAGCUGUGCUAGAAGGAAACCAGUUGCUCGCUGACAUUGAUGCCACGGAUAAAUAUGGAAUCACGCUAUUGCAUAUUGUAUGCGUUUAUGGUCAUUUAGAGAUGGUCAAGUUGCUACUCGAGAAGGGUGCUGACAUUCAUGCCAAGGAUCACUAUGGAGACACACCAUUGCAUAAGGCAUGCACUUAUGCUCAUUUCGAGGUUGUCAAAGAUAGCCAGGUUGCUCUACUCGAGAAGGGUGCUGACAUUCAUGCCAAGAAUCACAAUGGAGACACACCAUUGCAUCAGGCAUGCUCUUAUGCGGAUCAUUUAGAGACAAUCGAGUUGCUACUCGAGAAGGGUGCUGACAUUAAUGCCAAGGAUCAGUAUGGAGACACACCAUUGCAUCAGGCAUGCUCUUAUGCUCGUUUCGAGGUUGUCAAGUUGCUACUUGAAAAGGGUGCUGACAUCGAUGUCAAGAAUCAAUUUGGAAGAACAUUACUGUACGUGGCAUGCACUCAUGGUCAUUUAGAGACAAUCGAGUUGCUACUCGAGAAGGGUGCUGACAUUAAUGCCAAGAAUCACAAUGGAGGCACACCAUUGCACCAGGCAUGCUCUUAUGCUCGUUUCGAGGUUGUCAAGUUGCUACUCGAGAAGGGUGCUGACAUUAAUGCUAAGAAUCAGUAUGGAAACACACCGUUGUAUACUGCAUGUUGGCAUGGUCGUUUAAAGAUAAUUGGGUUUCUACUUGAGAAGGGUGCUGACAUUAAUGCCAAGGAUCAGCACGGAGACACACCAUUUUAUACUGCAUGUUGGCAUGGUCUUUUAAAGAUAAUUGAGUUUCUACUUGAGAAGGGUGCAGACAUUAAUGCCAAGGAUCAGUAUGGAGACACACCAUUGCAUACAGCAUGCACUUAUGCUUGUUUCGAGGUUGUCAAGUUGCUACUCGAGAAGGGUGCUGAAAUUAAUGCCAAGAAUCAAUUUGGAAAAACACCAUUGUACAAGGCAUCGUAUAAGGGUCAUUUAGAGAUAAUUGAGUUGCUACUCGAGAAGGGUGCUGACAUUAAUGCCGAGUACUUUUCUGGAAACACACCAUUUUACAUGGCAUGCGAAGAAGGCAAUUUUGAUGUUGUGAAGUUGCUACUCAAAAAUGGUGCUGACAUUGAUGCCAGAAAUGUUUUUGGACUUGCACCAUUGCACAAGGCCAGCUGUGACGGUUGUCUAGAGAUGGUCAAAUUGCUACUUCAGAAGGGUGCUGACAUUGAUGCCAAAAAUCAACAUGGAAAGACAGCAUUACAUGAGGCAUGGAUAUAUGGUCAUUUAGAUGUAGUCAAUUUGCUACUUGAGAAGGGUGCUGACGUUAAUGCCACGGACAAUCAUGGAAAGACAUUAUUGUACAAGGUAGGAGAGCAUGGUCAAUUGGAGAUGGUCAAGUUGUUACUCGAUCAGGGUGCUGAUGUGAAUGCCACAGAUGCAGAAGGAAAGACGUCAUUGCAUAUAGCAUGCAGUGAGGAUCAUUUAGACCUGGCCAAAUCGCUUGUCAAGAUAGGCGCUGAUGUCAAUGCCAAGAAAAUAGGUGGAGAGACACCAAUGCAUUGGGCAUGUGGGAAGGGUCAUUUAAAGGUAGUCAAGUUCCUAGUUGAAAAGGGUGCUUGUGCUCAUGCCAAAGCCACAAUUGGAAUGACACCAUUUGAAAUGUUGUGUUGCAAGGAUGAAUUUGACCUGGUCAUGUUGGUAGUCCAAAGGUCAUGUUGUGAUGGUCAUUUGGAGCUGAUCAAGAAGCUGCUUGUCUAG